AUGGAUCCAACUGACAGCAGACACACAGGCAACCUCCCAGAGAGCAGCACUCAGUCCCAAAGCAGGGCAAGGGGCCUGGAGCGUGCCCACAUCCCAGGAGCUGAGGCAGGCAAGGUGGAGGCCACCGCCACCCACUCAGGGCAUCCAUCUGUGGGUGAUACGCUGGCCUCUCCCGAGUGGCCUCAGAGAGCCUCCUCUCCUGACUAUGCCAGUAGGGCAUCAUCUUUUGAGUCUUUUGGCAGCCAAGCUACAGAACUGGCUGACCCACACUCUCCCUCACAAGGUGUCCUCAACAGAAAGAUGAUUGAUGUGGUUCGCUUCCUUCUCCUCAAGUACACUAGGAAGCAGCUGACAUCUAAGGCUCAGAUUCUGUACACAGUCCUCCGCUGUUAUGAGGAAUACUACCCGGUCAUCUUUUCUAAGGCCUCUGAUUGUUUGAGGCUGCUCUUUGGCCUGGAGAUAGUGGAAAGAAACGCCCCUGACCACAUCUACUCUGUUGCCCUUGCCCUUGGGAUCACCUACCAUGGGACUCAGCAUGGUUUUGCAGGCGUACCCAAGACAGGCCUGCUACUAAUCGUGCUGUGCAUCAUCUUCAUAGAGGACAACUGCGCUAGUGAGCAGGCCUUGUGGCGCGUACUGAACAACAUGGGGCUGUAUGCAGGCAGUGAGCAUUUCAUGUACGGGGAGCCCAGACGUCUCAUCACGGAGCAUUUUGUGCAGGAAGGGUACCUGGAAUACAGGCAGGUGCCUGACAGCGAUCCUCCUUCCUAUGAGUUCCUGUGGGGCCCUAGGGCCUGCGCCGAAACCACCAAAAUGAAAUUAUUGAAGUCUUUUGCCAACAUAGUUAAGCAAGGUGCCAGAGCCUACCCCUUUAGAUAUGCAGAGGUUCUGAGAAAGGAGAUAGACAGAGUCUAG